UUUUGAUGGAAUGUUUUUUGGGCCGGGUAAGAGGAAAGGAUUUUCCUCCUUUAAAGUGGUAGACAGAUCAAAUAAAACCCGGAAAUCCACCGUCCAACUUCCUUCUACUCUGCCUCUGGAAAAAGAGCAACAUCGUGGUGUGGAAGAUGUGGAACAAGGUGAAGAAGAGGAAGAUCCGUGCGCUUUGUGUGAUGGUGACCCGCCAGAUUCCGACGAUGAUAUGGUGCCCACUUCCUCCACCAGCUCCUACAAAAUGCGCAAGGAAAGGCUCCACAAAAACUGGGAAUCCUUGCGAUCCACAUUGCUGAAGUUCUCUGUUGAAAUGGAAGGUUUCGUGCCCCAUCAAUGUAAUUGUGGUAAAACGGUGGAAAGUCGAUGCAGGGAUUGUAGCUUUACGGCAUACUUCUGCCUUGAUUGCUGUAAUCACCUGCAUCAGACCAAACAUCAUUUUCAUCACCCAGAAAUAAUACAGGACGGUGUUUGGAAAUUGCACACUGUUCCUGACAGGACAUUGAGUAAUCCCUAUCAUUCUUGCUCAUUUUCCUACACAAGGGAAAUAACGGUUAUAGAUGAAAGAGGUGGUCAGCAUCUAUUGAAGAUUCUCUGUUGCACUUGUUUUAGUGUGGCAGAGAGUUUUCUGUUUCAAGGUUUGUGGCCUGCUACGCCAGUGGAACCAACCUUGGCAUUCACCACAAGUCUGAUGGAAUUUACCCUGGCACUUGUGAUGGAAUGCCAAGUUUCCAUUUUUGAUCUUGUGAAGGCCUUAGACUUCUACUCCCACCCUCUCAUAAAGAAAAGGAAGAUAUAUGACCAAUUUAUUGACAGCUUUGAGGAAUUCAGGUAUCAUGUAAAGGCUCUCCAGUGUUUUACUGAAAAUGAGGUUUGCCCACUCAGGCGUCCAGUUUGUCCUGCUUGUCCCAAGUUCUCAGCACCUCAGACGCAGCCUGACACUUCCACUGGUGCCAGUGAAGGUAAUGAAGUUGAGCUGUUUGACAACUCCAACAAACUCGUUUGUCGGGGUGUUGUAACUGCUCAAGCCAUGGUACACGGCCGGGCACUGAAAACCGGAUGGGCCGCAGUGAUGAUACAGGAUAUCUUGUCAAAGGGAAAAGUGGAGCCAUGGCAAGAAUAUCCCACCCAUUCUGGGGAAGUAGAAGAAGGGAGUUUUGUCGCCUGGCCGACUGCUUACAUCCAACCGCGACGAGAAGCUCUGCAAACUGCCCGGCCGAAACAAAACCUUUCGGAGACGCAGGGUUUAAAGGAUGCCCUUCAUCCCGACAAGUUUGUCUCUCCCGGGACAAUAAUGUCCAGGGAUAGACAGCUACGAAGUAGAAAGUGAAAACAUUAUGAUUCCACUAUUGCGCCAUUUUACCAUAUUUGGACAUGAGAACGCGCAAAUCAUGAGCCUGUAAUGCCCCGGUUUGACUGUUUUAGAACAGAGCAAAUACGGACGGAAAGCGUAGAGCAACAAAAUGGUUGGACAAAAGGGAGCAAAAUUGACUUGUUUACGUCCUUUACGCUUGACUUUUAAGCGACGACCUUUCGACGGGAACGCAUUUUUUUAACUCAACAGAAGGAAACUUGCGAGGACAUUUAAUUCUUUUUGUUUGUGUUGUUUUCGUCAUUCGCGCACGCUUCAUAAGAUCGAUAAGAUUCUCAGGCGAUGGAGGUUGUAUUUCAAAAACUAGGUGCCAAAAUGCUAGAAAAUGGCGCAAUAAUGAAAUAAUAAAUCCCUUAUUGGAUGGUUUAACAUGUAAUACGUCCGGACAUUUAGCUCGUUUUGCUACGCAACUCGCAAAAUACCCGCGCGUAUUAUAUGUUAAACCAUCCAAUAAGGUGUAUGUAACGGUUCACUGUAAAGUUAAGCAACCACACAGAGGACGACAACGAAAAUGCAAUGUGGGAGGCUAACCUUUCCUUCUGGAAAUUUCAUUGAGACUCUUGAAACUAUUUACAUUCAUAGAAUGGUGCUGACAAAGACAUAAAGCUUUAUUUGAGGUUAUUCGUGUUGUUUCUUUGUACAGUUUAGCAGAUUGCAAAACACAUGUGCAGGUCUUUGCCCUGCAGUGUUCUUCCUCCCCUUCUCUUAAGCGAUGUUCUCGUUGCCAACGCUGUUGUGGUUGCGUAAAUUCCCUAUUGUAAAGAAAAAAUGCAGUUUGCAUGGAAUGAGAUAACCAAAGUUGUAAUUCAUAAGUCUGUUUAUCGUUUCCUUUUCUCAUGAUUCUGUGUUCUCUUAGUCGAUACUAAUCUGUUACAUCUUGCUGACUUAUAUUCUAUUUUAAAUACAAAAUCAUGAUUAGGAUAGGAACGAAGGAUCCUCCACUGUCACUUGCUACUACACACUCUAAUAAAUCACUGUACAUAUCAAUAAAUAGGAUAGCCGAGAUAUAUUAAAAUGAACUUAUUGA